AUGCAAAGCAAGAGGAAAUUAAAUGCUGCAGAAGCUCAUCUCCUGUGGAAGUAUUUGAAGCACGAGCAGGGGGGUAUUUUGGGGGACUUCGUCAAAUGCAACUGCACCAAGUCUAUCGUCGACAAGAAGGAAUCUCAUCUCCUGUGGAAGUAUUUGAAACACGAGCAAGGGGGUAUUUUGGGAGACUUCGUCGAGUGGAACUACACCAAGUUCAUCGUCGACAAGAAGGGUAAGCCUGUGGAGAGACAGGGGGCCGAAUGUCAGCCCAAAAGAUCUCGUUACUUCGUUGGAGAAGUAUUGGUAGUGCGUUGCUUCAAGAGAAGGAACGGUUUUUAA